AUGUGUUUAGUCUUCAGGUGCAAGAAACACAUGCCAGAGGGGUUUUUUCGUCGCAGCAUCCAGAAGCAGAUCGAGUACAGGUGCUUACGCGAUGGCAAGUGUAUGGUGUACAGGUUGAACAGGAACCGAUGUCAGUACUGUCGUUUCAAAAAGUGCCUUGCUGUUGGAAUGUCCCGCGACUCCGUGCGGUACGGUCGCGUACCAAAACGCUCCAGGGACCGGGUUCAAGACGAGUCCCGCGUGUCAUCGAUGACCGGAGAAUCAGAAGCUGAUUCAGAGCUGGAGAAGAAGCAGCUUGCCCUCUACGACAUCAUUUUGAGCGUGUCGCAGGCGCAUCACGCGAAUUGUCCUUACACUGAGGACAAAAUCAGAAAUCUUCCUCAGCGACUGAUACAGUUCGUACGUAUUUUUGUAACUGUACAACUUUAUAAAAUGUAUCAGUUGCCUCGUUUCUUACUUCAACGUGUACUUAGGCAGUCGUUUAAACGGGUGAGACCUCCGUUCCAGGAGAUCAACGUAACGAAUGUUGCAAAAAGGACAUUUAAUAUUCUUUUUACAACAUGCUAUCUUUCUGUUGAAUAUAUUUAAAG